AAUAUAUUAAGAUAGAGUUAAAAGUUCUUAGAAUUAUUUAGUGAUUAAUAUAAUCUAAAUUAUAAAAUAAAUUUAAUGACUUCCAUGUGAAUAGCAGAAUAGGUAAACGCAUAUGCAGUCAAGCCUUCUUUUUUAUUUUUUUUUAAUGAAGUCCAAGUCUUUCACGAGUCUUUCACGCAUCCCCCCUCCUUCCAGGCAAUUUUUCUUGAGCGUCGCCAAUGGUCUUAAUUUUCGACAACAUAAGCCACCGCCCACCCACCGGACUGCGAGCAGGCUAUACUACAUAAUCAGCAAGCUCGAAAGAAAUCCUUACUCCAUAUCCAUCACUCAUAAUCUCUCUCUUUCUCUCUUUCUCUAACAAUGUCAGGAAUUCAAAUCCCAUCAUUGGCUACAACCAAGACAAUACUCUCUGCUGCAGCCUCCGUCGCGGCCUCUGCAGUGCUCAUCCGCACCAUGGUCAAUGAAUUUCUCCCCCACCCUAUGAAAGACUACAUCUUCUCCUUUACCUCCAGCUUCUUCACAAGAUUCUCCUCUAAGCUCACCAUCGUCGUCCAAGAAUUCAGUGGCAUCUUGCCAAAUGAGAUGUACAAGGCUGCUGAGACUUACCUUAGCACCAAGAUCUCUCCCAAUACACGUUGCCUUCAAGUUGCAAAACAGGAGGACUCAAAGGGCCUGGAGGUCACCAUGGAGCAAGGGGAGACAGUUGUGGACUUCUUCCAAGGGAUUGAAUUUUCAUGGAAACUGGUAUCCCAAGAGAAAGAGAAAUCAGUUCUCAACCGCCGCCGCAACAACAACUAUAUAACAGUAAUGCAUGAGACCAAAUUCUUUUUUCUCAGCUUUCACAAGAAACACAAGGACAAGGCACUCACUGCCUACUUGCCUCACAUACUGCAGCAGUUUAAAAAUAUCAAGCAGGAAGAGAAGCCAAUCAAAAUUUAUACUGGUAAUUAUGAGAACAUUUAUCAUGGCAUGACAAUGGAUAUGUGGAAUGGAGUGAACCUCGACCACCCUGCGACCUUCGACACACUUGCAAUGGAUCCUGAUCAUAAAAGGUCAGUGAAGGAGGAUCUGGAAAGGUUUGUAAGGAGGAAAGAUUACUACAGAAGAGUAGGGAAGGCAUGGAAGAGAGGGUAUCUGUUGUAUGGGCCUCCAGGGACUGGAAAGUCCAGCCUCAUAGCAGCAAUUGCCAAUUUCCUGAAGUUUGAUAUCUAUGAUCUUGAGCUGACAGAGGUAAGGUCGAAUUCUGCGUUGAGAAAAUUGCUUGUUGGAACAGCGAAUCGAUCGAUAAUUGUGAUCGAGGAUAUCGAUUGCACAAUAGAUUUGCAGGAGAGGAAGAAGGAGGAUGCGGUGGAAUCUAGGGGUCGAAAUAACUACCAUGAUGAAAAGGUUACACUAUCAGGACUGCUCAACUUCAUUGACGGCCUGUGGUCGAGCUGCGGAGAUGAGAGAAUCAUCAUCUUCACAACCAACCACAAAGAAAGGCUUGAUUCUGCACUGCUAAGGCCGGGCAGGAUGGAUAUGCACAUCCAUAUGUCAUAUUGCAGCCCUUCUGGCUUCAUUACUCUGCUCUCCAACUACCACAAUGUCGAUAACCAUCCUCUCACACCGGAAGUCGAGAGGCUACUGAGGGAGGUUGAAGCCACUCCAGCUGAGGUUGCCGAAGAGUUGAUGAAGAGUGAUGACAGUGAUGAUGCCAUGCGAUGCCUCAUCAAAUUCUUGGAAGGGAAGAACGUAGAAGCCAGUGAAGAAAACAAGGAGGAGGAAAGCUUGGAAGUGGAGGGUUCAGAGAUUGAAGAACUCAAGGAAGGAAAGGAGGACAAGCUAAAUGAUUAGAGGCAUGACAAGGCCUAGCUUCAAUAAAUUAUGUCCUGGUUACAUCACAGCUAUUCAAUCUCUACGUCUCUUAUAAUU